UUAACACGAAAUAAAAUCCAACAACAGCAAUAGCAAAAGGGACACGCGUCAAACACCCAACAACAAAUUUGACACACUCUUCCACUUAACUCUUCGAUUUCCUCUCCCACUUCACUCUCAAUCAAAUUUAAUCUUUAUGUCUAUCCAUUCCGUUAAUUUCCCUUACAAACAUUCACAAACCCUAAAUUUUCAAAAUCACAUCCAAUUAUAAGAAAAUGGUCGACAUACAGCCACCGGAGAGCCACGUAAACGGCGGAGGCGGCAGCGGCGGAGGGCCGGUUGCUGUCACUUCAUCGGAAACAAUUGGUUCCAAACGGCAGCGUAGGCCCAGUGUUCGAUUAGGCGAAAUCGGCGGCGACCAGCUAUACGAAGCGCUUCAUCCACGUCGGACGGGGACUAAUAACAGUAAGCAAUGGAAGCAUUCUCAAGUAUUAUCUGUUGAACAUAAAAAAGAUACUACUAAAGGCUUAAAGACUCGAGCGUUAACAAAUUUAAGUACUACUAGUAGCGGUGGUGGUGAGUUUAUUGAAACCCUAGAUAAUGAUACUAAUAAUAAUAAAGAAGUAAAUUUAGAUACAGUUGCAAUUGGAAGUUGGAGAGUUAAUAUUAAAGAUUCUAAAAAAAGAGUGGCAGCUUCUAAUGUUGGUACUAAAAGAGUAAGAUCCAAUUGGGUUUCAAAGAUGGAUGAUACUGGUGGUGGUAUAAUUAAUAGUAAUGUCGAUGGCGAAGAGAAAUAUAGCGGCGGCGAUGAUGUUGAUGGCGAUGAUGCGUACCGCGAAUUUGAUAUCGAGAAUUCAGAAAGUCCGUUGAAAGAACAAAGCCCUAUGCGUUCUCUUGAGAAUUCAGGGGAUGCGAAUGGGAGAAAUGAGAAGGAUAAGUAUUAUAAGAGGGCGAUUAGCGUUAGAGAUAGGGGUGAUUUUAAUCUUAUUCAUGAUGGGGUUGAAUUUUCUGGUCCAUCGGAUACUGAUGCUAGAGAUUAUAGGAAUAAUGGCAGGUGUGGUGGUGGUGGAGGAGAGGAUGGGGUGAGGAUUUGGUUGAAUGGUAUAGGGUUAGGAAGAUAUGCGCCGGUUUUUGAUGUUCAUGAGGUGGAUGAUGAGGUUUUGCCUAUGUUGACAUUGGAGGAUUUGAAGGAUAUGGGGAUUAAUGCUGUUGGUUCAAGAAGAAAGAUGUUUUGUGCCAUUCAAAAGCUCGGGAAAGGGUUUUCUUGACUAUUUGAGUUUUGUUGAGGUUGUAGUUUUGGUUUACAGCGGCGGAUUAUGUCUCUCAGCCAUGGUAACUAAAGUUCCAUCAUGUCUGAACUUAAAUGAGUUAAUUUGUUUCUAUUUAGUAGUAGCAGUAGUUACAGUUUUUUUAAUGAGUAGGUUAUCCUGGUUAGUCUUUCUCGUUGCACAAUAUGAAUGCAUUUUUAAUUCA